GGGGUGCGAGUCCCAGCCUACGGCUGAUGCUGCCGCCCGGUAUUCGCCAUGGAGCUGGCGCCCCGAACCACUCCCGUGUCUCUGCUGUUGCUGCUGCUUCUGGGCCUGAGCACCGGAGCGAUCACGGAGUGGCCCACAGAGGAGGGAAAGGAAGUAUGGGAUUAUGUGACCAUCCGCAAGGAUGCCCACAUGUUCUGGUGGCUCUAUUAUGCCACUAACCCUUGCAAGAACUUCUCAGAACUGCCCCUGGUCAUGUGGCUUCAGGGUGGUCCAGGCGGUUCCAGCACUGGAUUUGGAAACUUCGAGGAAAUCGGGCCCCUUGAUAGUGAUCUCAAACCACGAAGAAGUACCUGGCUCCAGUCAGCCAGUCUCCUAUUUGUGGAUAACCCUGUGGGCAGUGGGUUCAGUUAUGUGAACAAGAGUGACGCAUAUGCCAAAGACCUCGCCACAGUGGCUUCAGACAUGAUGGUUCUCCUGAAGACAUUCUUUGAUUGCCACAAGGAAUUUCAGACGAUUCCAUUCUACAUUUUCUCAGAGUCCUACGGAGGCAAAAUGGCAGCUGGCAUUGGUCUAGAACUUUAUAAGGCCAUUCAGCAAGGAACUAUCCAGUGCAACUUUGCCGGCAUCGCUUUGGGUGACUCGUGGAUCUCCCCUGUUGAUUCGGUGCUCUCCUGGGGACCUUUCCUGUACAGCAUGUCGCUUCUCGACGACCAAGGCCUGGCAGAGGUGUCUCAGGUUGCAGAGGAUGUCCUGGAUGCUGUGAAUAAGGGGCUCUACAAAGAGGCCACCCAGCUGUGGGGGAAAGCAGAAAUGGUCAUUGAACAGAACACGGAUGGGGUGAACUUCUAUAACAUCUUAACUAAAAGCACUCCCACAUCUGCAGUGAAGUCGAGCCUAGAAUUCACCCAGAGCCCCCUAGUUCACCUUUACCAGCGCCACGUGAGACACCUACAGCAGGAUACCUUAAGUCAGCUCAUGAACGGUCCCAUCAGAAAGAAGCUCAAAAUUAUUCCUGAGGAUUGCUCCUGGGGAGGCCAGUCUGCCAGUGUCUUCCAGAACAUGGAGGGGGACUUCAUGAAGCCGGUCAUCAGCAUUGUGGAUGAGCUGCUGGAAGCAGGGGUCAAUGUGACCAUUUAUAACGGACAACUCGAUCUCAUCGUGGACACCAUAGGUCAGGAGGCCUGGGUGCGGAAACUGAAGUGGGCAGAGCUGCCCAAAUUCAAUCAGCUGAAGUGGAAGGCCUUGUACAGUGACCCGAAGUCUUCAGAAACGUCUGCUUUCGUCAAGUCCUACAAGAACCUGGCUUUCUACUGGAUCCUCAGAGCCGGGCACAUGGUUCCUUCUGACCAAGGGGACAUGGCUCUGAAGAUGAUGAGAAUGGUGACUCAGCAGGAGUAGCACGGCCUGGCGGUGACUUGCUGGGCCCUAGGGCUUGGGGUGAGGACCUGGGAAGCACCGGGCUCCCGCGAACCCAGCUGCCUGUACCCGUGAAGGUUCCUGCCCGUGUGUCCAGAGAACAGACUCGCUGCCUCCGUGGCAACUUGGAAAUCAUCUCUGCUUCUGAAAAACCCCCAUUUUUUUUUCAACGGAUUUGUUUUAAUCAAAAUGAAGAACUGAAAUAGGUUGACAUUUUGGUAUGACAAAAGUAAAGGAUGUGAUGUAUGGGGAGAAAAAGAAAUACAGGUCAACAAAGUAAACACCCUUUUCCUCCCUUCCCUGGGACAAGCUGUUAUCAGUUUAGUGUCCAUCCUUGCAAGCCUUUUUUUUUUGCUAUAUAUGCCUAUAUAUUUUUUACAAAAAUGGAAUCAUUACUGUAUGUUGUUUGACUACCUGGCUCACAUAUCAGUUUGCCCUAAACACCUCUUCAUGUCAAUAAAUGUUCUCCUGUAACAUUUUUAA